CAUUGCUCUGCCCGCUCACGGCCCUUCACAGACGCCCCGCCCCACCCAGCGCGCCCACCCCCCUCGCCUUGGGGCGCCCAGAGGCGCUUUCCUCCUGAAAAGAACCUCGACGGCUCCUCUCUGCCCGGCGACUGAUGACGCGAAGGCGGGCGGCCUCCCCAUUGGCUCCCCGCGGGACGGGGGAUUUCUGGCUUCCCCCUUCCCACAGUGUGGGGCUGAGGUUGGGGGGCACAGUAGGUUCCCCUGGACGCGGCCAGAGCAGCAGUUGCAGCAGAGGAGAUCCUUCUCUCCUAGGAAUCCCCUCGAGGAGCUGGGAUCCAGAGACAGCGACUCCUCUACCCCCUCUGGAGGAAGGAAGGGAUCCCACUGCCCCCCACGCAAAAAAAAAAAAUUAAAAAAUCCCCAAAAACUACAGCGAAGGGAUCCGCGAGAGCAGAUCUCUCGCUAACUGGCUGCUGGGAUUCGGAGGCCGGUCAGAGUUGGGGAUCCAUACUUGAGCGGCGCAGAAACGGAACGCGGGAUCCCUUGCCAAGUGGAUCCCAAGGAGCGCGGAGCGAGAUCCAGAAACCUGCAAAGCGGAUCCUUUCUCCUCCUCCUCCUCCUCGCCCAGCGGAGUCAGGAUGCGGCCUCUCUGGGUGGCUUUGGCCGGGCUCUGCCUGGCGCUGAGUUACCUGCGAACAGGGGCUUUCGUCGUCCACCUGCAGGAGGACUGCUUCCUCUCGGACGGAGGUCGCGCCCUCUGGUUCAACUGGACGGUGGCCUUCAAUAAGAUCCCCUUCAUCUGCUUCGACGGACCCAGCGAGAGCUUCGUGCCCUGCGGCCUGGGCGCCUACAAGCCCUGGUACCAGCUGACCGCCCUCUUCUCGGACCACGUGAAUGCCGUCCUGGGAGCGCAGAUGAAGGAGGAGGCCCAGCGCUGCCAGGGGCAGGUCCACUCACUGUGGGGACCCUCAGCGCUCAGGCAGACUCCUCCAAAGGUCCGGGUAUUCCCUGUCACCCCUCAGAACACCCCAGCGUCCAUCAUGUUGGCGUGUGUCGUGUGGGGCUUCUACCCCCAAGACGUGACCGUCACCUGGCUGUGGAAUGGGGCCCUCCUGAAGAACGGGACAGGCCCGGCGGCAGUGGCCUCCAGCAAUGGGGACUGGACCUACCAAACUCUGCGCACUCUCCCUGUGGACCCCCGGCAGGGAGGCACCUACACCUGCCUCGUGACCCACGCCAGCCUGAAUGAGUCCCUCACCAAGGACUGGGCACCAGGCCUGGCUCUGGACCUCCGGUGGAAAGUGGGGGUCUCGGCGGGCAUGCUGGGGGUCGGAAUCCUUCUCCUUGCCAUGGGCACUGUCCUUUGGACGAGGAGAGUCCCCGAAGGCUACGCCCCCAUUGAUGGCAGCACCUACCCAGAAGGUCGCUAGCCUGACUCUGAAUGACGCCUCUCCCCCCCGAACUCCUUUGCCUGCAAUUUCAUCCUGGAUCCGUUGGGGAGACCCCAAACUAUCAAAAGGGAAGCCACCCAGCCUGACCUUGCUGCUGCUUCAAAGACCCUCCGGAGACCCCCCACCCCACCCACCGGAAGCCCGAUGAGUCUCCCCACACCCUGCCUCCUCCUCUGCUAAUUUCUCUCAUCCCCAAGUCACCACCUCCUCGUUUGCAGCAGCUAAUUAGAACCACAGAACUGUGGAGCUGGAAGGGACCCCGGGAGGUCCUCUAGCCCAACCCCCCGCAAUGCAUUGUGCAAAGAUGCCCCUCCUCUAUUCCCCCCCGCCUGUCAUCCGGUACAAUCGAGCUGAGAUUCUUGCCUCGCAAGGGGUUGGGCUAGAUGACCGCUGGGGGUCCCUUCCAGCCACCUCUACAAUUCUUUGAUUCUGCGGGAGAGGGAGAGGAACUCUCUUUUUCUCUCCUUCUCUGGAGGUUUCUAAAGAGAGGUUGGGUGCACAUUUGUAUAUUUACUUUUAUUAAGACUUUUCAUAAAAAGGCAAGGUCCUGGGUGCAGGAUAGUCGGGUUCACCUUCCUGUGUGUGGGACAAGUUAAGAUUUACCUGCGAAAGAGGACUUUGCACUCCCCCCGCUUUUCUUAUUUGCUUUUGUUAAGCUGUGCUUCCUGCAUUGCAGAGGGUUAGGCUAGAUGGCCCCUGGGGGUCCUUUCCAACUCUACCCUUGCAAGGCAAGCCCCUUUCUCAAAGGACCUUCCGCCCUCCUCUUCCUAAUCUGCCUGCCGUUGUGCGUUCUGGCUUCAUUUUUUAUAAGAAAUUUGUUGACACAAAAUAAAGGGCAAAAUGCCUUCG